AUGGCGCUUCCCAACCUCUCUGAUUACUUGGAUGGCUUCAACAACUACAGCGACUACCCGGACUACACCUAUGAGGACACGGGCAGCGUGUGGGCAGACCCGGCCCACGACCCCAAGGACAUCACCAGGAUCCUGUCCGUCAUCAUCUACAGCGUGUCCUGCGUGCUGGGCAUCCUGGGCAACGGCUUGGUUAUCGCCAUCAUCACCCUCAAGAUGAAGAAAUCGGUCAAUGCCAUCUGGUUCCUCAACCUGGCCGUGGCCGACUUCCUCUUCAACAUCUUCCUGCCCAUCAACAUCGCCUACACGGCCAUGAGUUACCACUGGAUCUUUGGGACAGUCAUGUGCAAACUGAACUCCUUCCUCCUCAUCCUUAACAUGUACACGAGCGUCCUGCUGCUCACCACCAUCAGCUUCGACCGCUACGUGUCCGUGGUGUUCCCGGUGUGGUCCCAGAACCACCGCUCCACCAACCUAGCCUACGGGGUGUGUGUGAUCAUCUGGACCUUGGGCAUCGUCAUGAGCUGCCCCUCGCUCGUCUUCCGGGACACGGCGCAGACCCGCAGCUCCGUCAUCUGUUUCAGCAACUUCUCCCUCUCCAGGAAUAAAUCCUACGAAGGGCUGGCUGUGAUGAGGCACCGCACAGUGAACAUCACCAGGUUCCUGGCUGGGUACAUCCUCCCCAUCACCAUCAUCACCUUCUGCUACGUCGCCAUCGUCUUCAACCUGCGUCGGAACCGCCUGGCGAAGUCCAAGAAGCCCUUCAAGAUCAUUGUCACCAUCAUUGUCACCUUCUUCCUCUGUUGGAGCCCCUACCACCUGCUGAACCUGCUGGAGACGGUGCCCAAUGCUGUGCCCUGGUCCGUGUUUGAGAUCUUCAUCCCUCUCACCACGGCUCUGGCAGCCUCCAACAGCUGCAUGAACCCUGUGCUCUACGUCUUCAUGGGCCAGGACUUCAAGAAGUUCAAGGUGACCCUCCUUUCCAGGCUGGUGAACGCCCUCAGCGAGGAGACAGGACACUCCAGCAUCGUGCACAGGAGCUUCUCCAAGAUCUCAUCCAUGACUGAGAAAGAGACAACAGUUGUCUAA